CUCUCCAUAUCCCGCCAUUCUUGCCACCGCUUCGCGUCACGACAACAGCAAUGUCGGUGCCGUCGCCCGCCACGCAGAACUACGACUACCUCCGCCGAAAGCAGUCGACCAAGGUGUCCUCCUCCUCAGCUGUACCCGCCCGCAAGCCCGUUCGCACGCCUAGCGAGAGGAACAGCAAUGGCACCGUCAGCUCGUACGCAACUACAGCGACGCGGGAAACCAACAUCACAGAGCCGCCGUCGUACUCAAAGAAGCUCGUCGUUGUCGGCGAUGGCGGCUGCGGCAAGACGUGUCUGUUGAUCAGCUACAGCUCGGGCAACUUCCCAGAGAAAUACGUCCCAACUGUCUUCGAAAACUACAUCACCCACACGCCGCAUCCUCCCACGGGCAAGAUGGUUGAGCUGGCUCUUUGGGACACGGCCGGGCAGGAGGAGUAUGACCGUCUGCGGCCGCUCUCCUACCCUGAGACCGACAUUCUCUUCGUGUGCUUCGCCAUUGACUGCCCCAACUCGCUGGAGAACGUCAUGGACAAGUGGUACCCCGAGGUGCUCCACUUCUGCCCAACGACGCCUCUCAUGCUGCUCGGCCUAAAAUCUGACCUCCGCAACAAGAAGAACUGCAUCGAGCUCCUCAAGACUCAGGGCCUCACCCCGGUCACGCCCGAGCAAGGCCGCGCUGUGGCCAAGAAGAUGGGCGCCGUGUACAUGGAGUGCAGUAGCAAAGAGCAGGACGGCGUCGAGGAAAUUUUCGACAUGGCCGUGACAAUGGCCGUCGGUGACGAGCACCAGGAGCCUCAGGAGACAGGCGUCCCACGUGCCUUCGCAGGCGGUAAGAAGCCCAAGAAGCGGAGCUGCAAAGUCCUCUAAGCAUCUCUUUCGUUUCUGUAGAGUCAUUAACAAGAUUAACGCUGGACGACACGAUCGACAUGCUUAAUGACCAUAUUACGGACGCUCUUGCCUUUCUUCGGGACACUUUUCGGAAAUGACCCUUUGGUGUGGCUUAAAUGGGGGAUCAUACAUACAUUGACGGAGUUUUGGGCUCUUUUGUUGAGUCGAUCAAUCACACACAUUGGAAGUCUGGCAAGCUGGUUGCCACAUCACAUCUGAUUUUCCUUUUCUCCUGUAUUCUGUAUUGUGGUAUUUGGGCCGGAGCAUCCCCAUCCCUACCCCUAAUGCAAUAAAAUUUGACCCAAAGUUCCUUUUUCAUGUCAUUGUUUACGCUAGAGUCUGUUGUGCAGUUCCGCAAAUCCAGAAGGCGUGCAUCUUACUGUGUACGUUUAAUCGUCCUCAGCCUAGU